AAGGAGGGAGAGCAACUGAGAGACCCAGAGGUGCUGAAGACCCAGACAGCGCUCGGAGAGCCACUCAAGAUCUUUUGGGGGAGCCCAACAAAUGUGAACAUGGGGUCUAUCACCGGAGCUGUCCUCAAGAUGCUACUUCUGUUAUCUACUCAAAAUUGGAAAAGGGUCAUAGCUGGGAAUUCCUAUGAUUGUGAUGAGCCUCUGGUGUCUUCCUUGUCUCAGGCAUCAUUCAGCAGUUCAUCUGAACUUUCUAGCAGUCAUGGUGCCGGAUUUGCAAGGCUAAAUCGACGAGAUGGAGCUGGUGGCUGGUCUCCACUUGUGUCAAACAAAUACCAGUGGUUGCAGAUUGACCUUGGAGAGAGAAUGGAGACCACUGCUGUGGCCACCCAGGGGGGAUAUGGGAGCUCCAACUGGGUGACCAGCUACCUCCUGAUGUUCAGUGACAGUGGCAGGAACUGGAAACAGUAUCGACAAGAAGACAGCAUCUGGGGCUUUCCAGGAAAUGCAAAUGCAGACAGUGUUGUGUACUAUAGACUCCAGCCUUCUAUCAAAGCCCGAUUUCUGCGCUUCAUUCCUUUAGAGUGGAACCCCAGGGGCAGAAUUGGAAUGCGGAUCGAGGUGUUCGGAUGUGCCUACAGAUCAGAGGUGGUUGAUCUUGAUGGAAAAAGUUCCCUUCUCUACAGAUUUGAUCAAAACUCCCUGAGCCCAGUAAAGGAUAUUAUUUCUUUGAAAUUUAAAACUAUGCAGAGUGAUGGAAUUCUGCUCCACCGGGAAGGGCAAAAUGGAGAUCACAUCACACUGGAAUUAAGGAGAGGAAGACUCUUUUUACUUAUUAAUUCAGGUGAAGCCAAACUGCCCUCCACUCACACACUCAUCAAUCUCACCCUGGGCAGCCUGCUGGACGAUCAGCACUGGCACUCCGUGCUCAUCCAGCGCGUGGGCAAACAAGUCAACUUUACAGUGGAUGAGCACAGGCACCGUUUCCACGCCCAGGGAGAAUUCAGUUACCUGGACCUUGAUUAUGAGAUCAGCUUUGGAGGGAUUCCAGCACCUGGAAAAUCAGUGUCAUUCCCCCGUAAGAAUUUUCAUGGGUGUCUAGAAAACCUUUAUUAUAAUGGAGUAGAUGUCAUUGAUCUGGCCAAGCGACAAAAACCAGAGAUCAUCACUAUGGGAAAUGUGUCGUUUUCCUGUUCACAAUCACAGUCUGUGCCUGUGACUUUUCUCAGCCCUAGGAGUUACUUAGCCCUGCCAGGCUUUUCUGGGGAGGACGAGCUUUUGGCCACGUUUCAAUUUCGAACCUGGAACAAGGCAGGACUUUUGCUAUUCAGCGAACUUCAGCUGGUUUCAGGGGGUCUCCUCCUCUUUCUUAAUGAUGGAAAACUUAAGCUGAAUCUCUUCCAGCCAGGAAAAUUACCCAGUGACAUCACAGCAGGUGUUGGAUUAAAUGACGGGCAGUGGCAUUCCAUCUCCUUAUCUGCCAAACGGAAUCACCUGAGUCUGGUGGUAGAUGGCCAAGUAGCCUCUGCUGCUUCUUCCCUGGGGCCUGAGCAGAUUUAUUCAGGUGGUACCUAUUAUUUCGGAGGUUGUCCUAACAACAGCUUUGGAUCCCAACGUAAAAAUCCACUGGGUGGAUUUCAGGGAUGUAUGAGACUCAUUUCUGUCAGUAACAAGGUGGUCGAUCUGAUUUCAGUUCAGCAGGGGUCCCUUGGAAACUUCAGUGACCUUCAGAUAGACUCAUGUGGAAUCACAGACAGGUGUUUGCCGAACUAUUGUGAACACGGUGGUGAAUGUUCCCAGUCCUGGAGCACCUUUCACUGCAACUGUGCAAACACUGGUUACACGGGGGCUACCUGCCACAACUCUAUCUAUGAGCAGUCAUGUGAAUCCUAUAAGCACAGAGGAAACACUUCAGGGUUUUACUAUAUAGAUUCAGAUGGAAGUGGUCCUCUGGAACCCUUUCUUCUAUAUUGCAAUAUGACUGAAACUGCAUGGACCGUCAUACAGCACAAUGGCUCUGACCUAACAAGAGUCAGAAACACUAACCCAGAGAACCCAUAUGCUGGGUUUUUCGAAUAUGUGGCCAGCAUGGAGCAGCUCCAGGCCACAAUUAACCUUGCGGAGCACUGUGAACAGGAGCUUACCUACUACUGCAAGAAGUCACGACUUGUCAAUAAACAAGAUGGAAGCCCUCUGAGUUGGUGGGUUGGCAGAACCAAUGAAACGCAAACGUACUGGGGAGGUUCUUCGCCCGAUCCUCAAAAAUGUACAUGUGGAUUAGAAGGGAACUGCAUUGAUUCUCAGUAUUACUGCAACUGUGAUGCUGACCGGAAUGAAUGGACCAAUGACACCGGAUUCCUUUCUUAUAAGGAACAUCUGCCGGUGAGGAAGAUAGUGGUUACAGACACGGGCCGACCGCACUCAGAAGCAGCUUAUAAACUGGGACCUCUGCUCUGCCGGGGAGACAUUUGUGUGUCUGUGUGUUUACGUUAA